UUGCCCGCGGUCACGUGGUUUGGUCCCCCUCUCUCUUUGGGGUGGGAGGCAGUGCAGCCAAAUUCAAACGGAGACAAAGCCGCGCGAUUGGUCGGGCGGGGAGAGAGUUAACGGCCGAGGAGAAGCUGCUCUUUUACAAAUACAGAGCAACAUGUCAACUGUCUUCACUGCCACCGGGGCGAAGUCUCGGCAACCCCUGUCAUAUGCUGAGCAAAGGCGCCAGAAAUUAGAAGAGUAUCUGCAGAGAAAGAAGUCUGCUAACAACGUGGCGAUCCGAGCCAGGAGCCGUUUGGAGAGCAGGGUAUACUUGAGAGACAAGACCAACAUUGAGAAACUUCAAGCUUCCACAUGGCAGACAGAAGGAAUGGUGUUCGGAGGGAAGAAGAUUGAAUCAAAAAAAAGUAUUCAAAAUAAGCCUGUGCAAAACCGAACCAUAAACCAACUCCCUACUCAAUCUGAAUCCACUUUGUUGAAAAGAGAGAGCCCAUUUGUGAAUAAUAAUUCAGCCACUAGUGAAACAGGAAUGCCCUCACAGCAAAUCACUCAACCUGAGGAACACCUAUUAGCUGCCCAAGAGAACAAUUUGGAAGUAGAACAAAAAUUGAAAGGAAAUAUCACUGUAGCUGUUAACAAAAGCAAAACUGCCCAAAGCACAGAUUCAAAGAUGCUACAUUUUGGCCAAAAGUACAAUUCUAAUGUAGAACAAAAAUCAAAAUUAAAAAGUCAUCCAAAAGUCCAGAAGGUCACACUCAGCCAGUCUUUUCUUGCAGUCAAAAAUGAGCAGGCCAAAUUAAUGAUUGAUGAAAAGAACAAUCAAUCAAAGCUGCCUAAUACUAUUAAGAAGCCCAUAUUAGGCUCAUUUCGUGGUAAGAUUGUAGAAUCUAAGAUUCAAUCCUUUAGAUCAGGUACUCUGCAAAAGGAGAGGAAACAAGAGAAAACUGAUUUGUUAACACAUACUUCUACAGAAAUGCACAAUAUAGAAUCUAAAGGCAUAAUGCACAAGCCUAGACCAAAGGGAGUGGAAAACAGGCAUCCUGUUAGGAGGGCAAUGAAUGUCACCUCUCAUAGUAAACAAAAGAGUUUGACUGCAGCAACUGGCCUCCUUACUGCAAGCAGUCAGAAACCACUUGUAACUGAUGUGCUUGACCUAAAACUAGAUUUUGCACAAUCAGGCUGUGAUGACACUGCAGUAGUAGCAACUCCAACAAUCCGUGCAAAGAAAACUACUGUGCCAAUCCAACACACCUCCAACAGUGUAUCUGCAAGACACCCAUCAUGGAAUUUUUCAAAAGCUGUUGGUAACCUAAAACCUCUAAAACAGAAAGUGCCUAUUGAAGGGAAGAGUGGAGCACAGCUAACACAAUCGAUAGCGUCAAAGGGGAACUUAGUAAAAAGGCCAACGAUGACAUCGUUGCAAAGAAAGAAAGUUGUGGAAUCACAUUGGACAGCAAUUGUUGAGGAGGAAAAUCGAAGUGAACUUGUGGAAAAAGUCAACCAGACCCUUUCCCAAUAUCUGAAGCAGAUUAAUGAGGGUUGUCCAAGUGAAGAUUGUUUACAAUCUCUUCAAACUUUGAUUGAGAGUGUUCCAAAAGCCAAAAAAUUUGCAAGAUAUUGGAUCUGUCUUGCACAGCUUGAACAACGCAAAGGAUCGGUGCAUAAUGUCAUGGCUAUUUAUGAACAAGCCAUCAAGAUAGGGGCACAGCCUGCAGAUGAAUUACGCAUUACACUUGUAGAUAUUUUGAAAAACACCAAGACUCCUAAAAAACAACAUGUUGCAAUGAACAAAACUGAGGAUGGAGCACAGAAAGAUCCAAAGUUGGAACUCGUGUGUGUGACUGAACAGAGUGUUUCUAAAAGAAGCAAAGUGGAUCUGGCUGAUACUGAGCAGAGGCCUUCUAUAGAGAAGAGUGCGGAGUGCAUGAAUGAUAAACCGGAUCUCCCUCCAGAGAACCAUGAAAUGCGUAUUGCUGCAACUGAUGAUCACAAUGUUUCCAGAGAAAAUGAAGGAGACCUCUUGUUUACUGAACAGCAAGUUUCCUGUAAUGGAAAAGCAGACCUCUCAGCAGGUGAACAGCAACUUUAUGCAAGGGAAGAAGUGGAGCCCACAUCAAAAGAACUGCAUUCUCCUUCUAUGGAGCGUGUGGUGGAUGAAGCUGAUGGUAAAGAGGAUUGUGAGGUGGAAGAUGUAACAGUUGACCAUAUGAAGACCCCAUUGAAACAAAUACUGACACCGAGUAAAACACAAAAUAGAGGAUCAUCUAUUAAGUAUAGUGUGAGUGUAACCCCUAGGAAUAAAUGUGAUAAAAAUGUGGUUCAGAUGGAAAACAGAAACUCUGCAAUCAAAGAGUUGAACUUUCUGACGCCUGUGCGCCGUUCACGACGUAUUGAACAGGCAUCUUCCCAAAUGCCAUUAAUGUUGCAGGACCACAAUCCCUGUGUGUCUUCACUGGAGGAUCUAAAAAGUUUGGGAGGCGUAUCUAUUGCCUACUCAUUCAAGAUGAAUAAUGCAUUACAACACUGAACUAAUAUUUUCAAAUGAAUAUGGAUUAUCUUUUUUAAUUAAAUGCACCUUAUGUCCCAAAGCAUCAUUUAAUCCAAUGCAGUGCAGUCUGCUUUGCAUAAUUGUUUCCUUGCCAUUUCUAAACAGUGAUGUCCUGCAUUUUAUACUGCCUUUAACAUAACAAAGCUAUAGAAAUAUUUAGUGCUUAAUCUUGUUUUUAAAGUGCUUUGUCAUGCUGUAGUAUGACAAAGGCCUAUGAAAUUGAUGGAUGAAAAUGAGAAUGAUUUUAAAACUCCAAGUUUGGUUUCUCCCAAGUCCAUUAGAGCUGAAUACUAUGGCUAUUCUUGUCUUCUAGUUGAAGAAACUAACUUUUUGCUCUAGUAUUUUUAAGAAAAGAUUUCCUUUCUGGAUGAAGCGAAGUGCUGUAGGCACUGAAUGUGAAAUAAAAACAAAUGCAGCUUGUUGAGCAUCAUCUGUGCACAGAAAAUAGCUAACAUUUCAGGCCAGUGCGUUUUUAUCAGAACUGGGAAUAGUUAGAGAUGUAAUCAGUUAUUUGAGCGGUGGAUAAAUAUGCCAUAUUGUUUUCUUGCUUUACUUAAGUUUUCAUUUGAAUUAGCAGCAUAACUGCUCCAGGCCCAUCUUGUUUUGUUUCUUGCAUCCAUUCCACUCCAUCUGGACCUGGAGGAAUAACCUUCUUGGUCCUUCAUUCUCUCCUGUCGUCCAUUCUUUUACAGCAUUU